AACCAGAGCCUCACCUGAGUCUGUGACUCACCUGGCUGCACCAAUGCUUGCAGGACCUGGGGAGGUGGUAGGGCAGGUUGUGAUGUAUAAAGUGGAGGAAGUCUCAAGGCUCCCAGCCAUGUCCUAAAUCGCCUGUCUUGAGCACAGCCUCCUCUCCGUCUCUCCCGUGGCGGCAGCAGCAGGAUGGCGGUUCUUUUCCUGCUCCUGGUCCUCGCCGCCGCCUGCAUGAUCUCCGUGGGGGUUGGGCUGUAUGUUGUCUGCGACCACUUCCUCACCGCAGACAUUCCUGCAGCCAUUGGCCACCCCGUGAAGCUGCGGGUCCUCCAUUGCAUCUUCCAGCUGUUGGUGACCUGGGGGACAAUUUUUGAGAAAAUGAGAGUCUGUUCUAUGCCUCAAUUUGUUCGUUUCAUUCACGACCUUGCGCCGCUAAAGAUGGAUCCGGAUGUCGUGGUCAAGGACCUCUGGUUUGGGACGAUCCCUGUGAGGCUGUACCAGCCCAAGGCGUCCUCAGGCGCCCUCAGGACUGGCAUCGUGUUCUACCACGGCGGCGGAGGCAUUGUAGGGAGCUUGAGAACUCACCAUGGCGUAUGCUGUCAUUUGUCCAAGGAGAGUGAUGCAGUGGUUCUAGCAGUUGGGUACCGCAAAGUGCCCAAGCGUAGGUUUCCAGUGGCAAUAAGAGACUGCAUGGUGGCCACUACUCACUUCUUGAAGUCCUUGAAUAAGUACGGGGUGGACCCAGCCCGGGUCCUGGUCUGCGGUGACAGUGUGGGCGGGGGCGUGGCUGUGAUAAUUUGUCAAAACCUUGUGGACAGUUCAGAUCUCCCCAAAAUCCAUGCUCAGAUCCUGGUCUACCCGGCUCUCCAAGCCAUGGAUUUCCAGUCCCCUUCCUAUCAGCAGAACAAGAAUGUUCCACUGCUCAGCCAGAAUUUUGCCUUCUACUGUUGGUGUCAUUACCUGGACAUCAGCCCUGCCUGGAAAAGCAGUGUAUUUAAAGGCACCCACUUGCCCACCGAGGUCUGGGAAAAGUACAGAAAGUGGUUGGGUGCAGAAAACAUCCCGGAGAGGUUUAAGAAGAGAGGCUACCUGCCAAUGCCCUGUGAGCCCCUGAAUGAGGCUGCCUAUCUGGAGACAAACUUAAUUUUAGAUUUGUUGAACUCACCCCUGAUCGCAGGGGAUGAAGUAGUGUCUCGGCUCCCCGAAGCUUGUAUCGUGAGCUGUGAGUAUGAUCUUCUCCGGGACCAUUCACUGUUGUACAAGAAAAGGCUGGAGGAUCUUGGGGUUCCAGUGACUUGGCACCACAUGGAGGAUGGUUUUCACGGAGUGUUUACCACCCUUGACAUGGGCUGCUUGUACUUCCCCUGCUCCAGGAGGAUUCUGAAUGCCGUGGUCCAUUUCAUAAAGGGCUUGUGACCAUCUUUUCUUCCUACUGAAGUUGCAAGAGUGUGGAUUCUGCCUUCAUCCUUUUCCUAUUGGGGCUCCCCGUUGCUGAUGUAGGUGAUGCUGAGUAGGGCUGGGGAGAGUGUCAAGGUUGCCUUCUCCUCUUGUGCCAGGUUCUAGAAUCAUAGAAUGCACAACCUUGAUAUCGAAAGGGAGAGCAGUGGACAAGACAGGUUUUGGGGGGAGGAUGGGGCUCUCUGUGAUCACCAUCAGGAAAAUUUGAGCUGACAUUCUUCAGUGGCCAUUUGCAAGAGUGAAUGAGCAUGUAGCGACUGCUCAUGGCCUUUCCGUGGGAGAGUUCAGAUGGCCCAGGCUGAUCUAGGGUAUGGGCCACAAGAGAGUCUACUUAUCUGGGCCUUGGAUUUCACAAGGGCCUCAUGUGAAAUCUCAAAACUUCUUCUAAUCUAGCUCAAAGGGCAGAGCUUUGAUAUCCUAAUGCUGGGUAAAGGUAGAGAAACUGGUCUCACCCUCCUCUGGGUACUUGGUGACACUUUUCCUGCUGUUCCUCUGCCUCAGAGUCUCAACUCCCUGGGAUGGAAAAGUGAAGACUGAAUGGGUAGGUUUUCCAUGGUGGUUGACACCUAGUGGCAGGUGAAGCCACUUGAUUGGAGGAGCCCUGGAGCUCUUGGAGUCAAAGUCAGGCUUCCAACCGAGAGCCUGGAAGCAACACUGUUAAGUGUUUGGGGAAAGGAGUUUAGAGGGAGGGAAACUGAGUCCUGAGCCAGAGACCCACGAAGAUGAAGUCUGACCAAACUCGAGCGUGUCCAUGGCGGAAAUCAAAGGAGGGCCCAAGGGACAGAAGAUGUAUUGGAGAGGGCUAUUUCUGUCUUAAGACACAGAGCCAACUUAGAUUGGCCUAAUUCAAAGAGAGAAUGUAUUGGCUAAUGUAGCUACAAAUUCCAGGGAUAAAUUAGGCAUGGAUUGAUCCAGGAACUCAAAGAGUGUCACCAGCUGCCUUCUCUUCUUUUCUCUAGUUUAUGCUCUUCUGUGUGAAUGGUGGCCCCAAGUACCACCAUGCUUAUAUUCUCCCAGAGUCAAGUCCAUUAUUAUGAACUUGACUCCUUUUCAGCAGUCCCAGCAGAAAUCACUUUACAGCCUGAUGGCUCUGUUGGCUUUCUGAAUGGUGUAUCCAGUUUCUAUGAGCGAGAGAAUGGAAUGUUCUGACCAGGCCAAGUCCCAUGCCAUUCUUGAAGUGGAAGGUGGAGUCAACCAACUGGUGCUUGGACUGGGCAUGGGGAGGGUGGGAGUACCUCCCCGACAUCAGUGCUUACCAGCUAUGGAAGGUCCUGAAUCCUGAGUCAAGGACCACUGGGCAAGUUGACCACCUGCCACUUAGGAAUAAAAAGGCCUUGGAAAGGAUGGCUCAGGCUCCCAUGCUGGCUCCACCUCAUCUUCAGGAGGCUCUGCUCCUGGUUGGCCAGUGACUUUUAUAGGCCAAGAUCCAAGUCUCCUGCACAAAGGGUCCCAUGUUUGCCUUUCCCUUGCUUUUAGUGGAAUGUUCGUCCUGAAACAUAGGGCAGCGAGGAAUCUCAUUGGCUGGCUUCUUAUUCCAUUCACAAGACCCACAGGUGGCUUUGUUGUAGAAAGAAGAACCCCUCACUGAAAGCACACAAUUUGGUGGCCACUCAGUUCUUGGGGAGCAUUGCCCCUUCUGACACAGGUCUCCAAGGUGAGGGUAGGUGGGAUCCCCUCCUGGAGUGUGGCAUUGGUUCACCCCUGCCUCUGAAGAUGGGUUAGAGGGACAUGAGCUGGCCUUCUGGAAAUUUGGGUGAUCAGCUCUUGUGUGGUGGGGUGAUGAAGAGUAGGAGAACCAUUGGAAGAUGGUACCCAGGAGAGAUGAGUGGGUUACACUUUAGGGCCUGGGAGAACCACCAAGUGGGCUCAUUUCUGAGGCUGUUUCCUUCUGCAGAUCCUGGAGAGAUGAAGCAUUUUCAUCCACGAUGACUGAUUGGGUUGAUUUGGGGGCUCCAUACGCCUCUCUUCUCUUUAAUCAGUUCAUCACUAUCCUUCCUGCAACCCAUCCAUAAGGCUCAGGGCAUGGAAAAGGGAUAGGAAUUCUUGUUUACUGAGACCCAACAGCAUGUAAGACUCCAUGCAUGUCUAAAUCUUCCACCUCGGAGUUCCCGUCAUGGUUAAUGAA